AUUUUGUAUAACCAACUUGACAAUUUAAACUUGUUCAUGAAAAUAUUUCAAGUGAAUUUUCAUCAUUUUUACCUCUAAAUGUUCAUCAGAUUUUUAGUUUAUUGAAAUUCAACACCUUUUUAAUUACGGAAACCAUUUAAACAGUGAAAUUUCUAUAAAAUUUACUGCCUUUUAUUUGUUUAAUCAAGGAUCGACUUUUGUUUUCCAUCUUCUUUAAGUAAAUAAUUUUAUGGUUAAUCAAAAGCAUGUAUAACCAAUAGCUUUCUUUUGUUUAUCAAUCUAACUUUAGGGUUGAUCUUUAAUUCCUACAUCAUCUCUAUCUUUUUUUCUCACUUUAUAAAUGACUAUUUAACCAAAUGAAAAGCUAUUCUAUUGGUACCAAUUACUUUUGAUAUGUCUACCUCUAACAAGAAGAAAAAAUUUUUCAAUAAAAGCCAGGAUUCAGUUAAAAAGUCUUACUUCAAUGCUCGGGAUUUCUUUAAAUCAGAUUUUGAUGAAAGUGGUUCAACCUUUGGUGAUGACUAUACCUUCUUUGAUGGAUCCCAGAAAAAUAGUAAAUCAUCUGGUUCUUAUGGCUCCUCUAGUGUUGCCACCAGUGGAUCUGUAAAUUCAACAAGAAAUGGUACCUCAACCCAUAAUCAACACUCCCAUGAUCCAGUAUCUUCACAAACAUCAUCUUCAUCAUCGUCAUCUCGCCACCAUUCUCAUUCACACCAUUCACACUCUUCUUCCCACCAUGAAAAUGAUGAGGAUGAUUACAUUAGACUAAGACGGGUCAAAAAGGCACACCAAUGUGCUGAAUUGGGUGAAAGGGAAGAGUUUGAUGGUGAUAUUAAGUUUUAUCUUGAUGGACUGAGCCGGGUCAAUAACAUAAAUACUAGGUGUCUAAGUAUCCUUGGUUUGGCUAAUCAGUGUCAGCGAGCUGAAUUUAGAAUGCAUCUUCGAGCUCAUGAUGACAUGCCAAAGAUAAUUAGUGCCUUAAUGGAUGCCUGCUCCAAUCCUAAUUUAGCUCUUUGUACUUCGGCUCUCAUGUAUGUUUAUAAUCAAGAUCGGAUGACCAUGGAUAUAGAUCCGAAUGCUUUAAGUUUGAUGUUGGAGCUUCUGGAAACCAGGACAGACGAAGAAGAAGAUAGUGUUGACAAAAAUUACAAAGAAAAAGUUAAAAAGCUAUGCGAUGAAAUGAAAACCAAAGGUCAUGGAAAAUUUCUUAACUCGAAUAACAUUACAGCUGGUAAACUAGCAUUGGAAGCAUUGCUUGGUUUAACAUCCAAAAGAGCUGGAGAAUGGUGUAAAGAAGAAUUGAGAAAUCUUAAAGGAAUCGAUUUUUUAUGUAAUAAAACAAUUGAUGAAUCCAAUAGCCUCAUCCGUGAUGACAUUGUCUGGGAAGAAGAGAUCGUAGACAAAGGAUUACUUCAUAAGAUUGAAAGAACUCUGAAGGUUAUUGAAAACGUUACUUUUAUGAAUCAAGAGAACCAAAAUUAUAUUAUUGAAUAUCAAGGUGGUAAAUUCAUCUACCGAUGUAUCGACUUAAUCAAAUAUCUCAAGAACAGUAUAAUUUUUAUGACGGAAUCACAAUCACAAUUGUCCACAUUACUGUCCAUAUUGAGAGUAUUAACUAACCUUACUUCCGAAUCGAGUGAGGGUUGUUUCAAAGUUGGCUCGUUCACUGGGCUCUUUCAACUUCUUCUGGAAUGUCUAUUUGAACUUCCCUCAUUCACUGUUCCAGAUUCAAGAUUUGACUUGAUAGUACUUUUACUGUGCCUAGAGAUUAAUUUUGUUGAAUACUGUGUAAACAUACGGGAUGAGUUAAUGGACAGCGGUUUUAAAGUAAAACAACUCAUCGCUAUAUUCGAGGAAAGAUGCGAAGAAGCUGAAAAAACAGAUAAAGAAGCAGACUUAUUACUGGAUUCGCAUCAAGAUAAACCCUUGACUGAAGCCAUGCAAGAUACACUCUUAAACCAGGUUUUAGCUAAAUCUGGUAAACACAUGGAACAUUGUAUAAUAGCUGCCUGCAUAUCAUUACUCAUUGGUUGCGGUAUUAAGGAAAAUAUGCAGUACUGUGACAUGAUUAAAAAUUUGCUACCUUCUCAAGGGUUCGAGAAGAUGAUCGAUGUUCUCACAAAGCUUCACGAGUUUACCCAUUUAGCGGAUAUUAUGACUCCAAGUGGAGUGAAAAGAGUUGAAAGGAUCUUAGCUCUUUUUAAAUCAACAAAAACUGUAAGUCCAGCCGUGUAGAAGAUGCGAUUUUUUCAAGCAAAGGAGAAAAACGAUUUCUGUUCUUUAUGUUUAACCACAAAAAGCUAUCAAAUCAUUAGCUCACAAAAUUGUUAUAAGCAGAUAUAUUUACUUGAUGAAUUCUAGAAACAGAAAACAUCAAGAGAAUAUAAACAAAAAAUUAUCAACUUUUCUGAUCGAGACAAAGGUGUAGAAAAUGUGUUUAAUCAAAUCUUCAAUCGCUUGUCUUAAAUACUAUGUAUUUUGUAUCUCUAACCAGAAUUAAAAAAACAAAAUCAACUCUGUUUAUAUAGACAACUA